UCUCUCUCACUCUGCUCUCUCCUGUUCAACCUGCUGGUAUCACCACUGGCAGCAGCGAUGCAGAGGAAACACACUGAAGCGGCUCCAGCAUUAAAAUCCAAACAUCAGUGAACAGCGGUGUUUCAUGUUUGACUGCGCGUCUCUCUACUUUAACAAUCCUGGAGCUGAGGGGGAUGGUGUCGCCCUCUGAAGCCGGAUAAUCAGACGCAGAGGCCGGCGGCGGCAGGGCGCUAGCUGGCUGGAGUUGAAGUCAGCCCUCCUGCGUGAAUCUCGGCCUCCGUGCAGGAAUUUAUCCGGACAUUUUUUGUGGGAUAGCCCGGCCAGCUUUGAGGUGGUUCUCUUGGCUGCGGUGGUGAACCAUUCUGGCUUCGGUUGUGCUCAAUCCUUGAUGCCCCGGAGGCCCGGAGAAGGCGAGACUGCGGAGCCCCAGAGCAGGGCUCGGACACCGGGGAAGUAGAGGAGGAGUUGGUGAGUCUGAUUGGACCCCUCCCAUCAUGAACCCUCUGAACCAGAUGAAGGCUGGACUGGCCAACAACCCGCACAGUGAUGGUUCGUACCCUUAUGACCCUUCCAGCUGGCAGCAACAGACCAAUCAGCCAACAGGAUCCCUCUCUGUGGUAACCACCGUCUGGGGAGUGACCAAUCCCUCAGCCAGUCAGGGUCUGGGUGGAGGUGUGAUGGGACCUGGGGCGAACCCAGGAGGAGGGCCUAUGAUGCAGGGCCCUGGGGGUCCAGGUAUGACAGGGGGGCCUGGAGGCUACAUGGGCCAGCAGGGCUAUGGAGAGCCCAGCAAAGGCUACAUGAAUCAGGGCAUGUACGGCCGGACGAGUGGGGGCUACGCUGGAGGACCAGGGGGGUACACGGGGAGUUACCCAUCGAACCCUGGAGGCUCCCGAGGCUCGGCUGACUUCACUCAGGCUGCUGCUGCCGCCGCUGUCGCUGCUGCUGCUGCCACAGCAACCGCUACCGCCACGGCUACCGUUGCCGCCAUCCAGGAAAAACAAAACCAGGAAAUGAGCUACGGACAGAUGGGAGGGCCGGCCUAUAACAAUCAGUUCAUGGCUCAUUCUGGCCCCAGAGGGCCCCCUGGCAUGGCUCCUGGAGGUAUGGGUCCUGGGCCUGGACCUAACAGAGGACCCCCCCCAAUGGGCCCCAUGUAUGGACCUGGAGGUGGCCCCCAGAGGGUCGCUCAGCAUCCAAACUAUGGCCCUGGACCUCAGCAGGGCCACCUAAGGCCCACACAGGGUCUGAAACGGCCGUACAGCUCUGACUCAUUCCCAGGAAUGUCUCAGCAGUACGGCGUCCCGGUUGGUUCAAAUGUGAACGUGAUGCCCGGUUCUGGUGGUUCUGGUGGUUCAAUCCCCGGUGCAGGUGGGGGUCAUGGAGGACCUGGACCAUACUCUGGCCCUGGCAUGCAGUACCACCCAGGUCCUGGUGGGCCAGGCCCCGCCCAGCAGCGCUCUGGCUCAUCCCCCUCUUAUCAGAGCCAUAAGAUGCCUCUCCAGCAGUACCCGCCGUCUGGACCCCCAAACUCCCAGUACUACAAGCAGGACCAGUUUAAUGGUCAAGGUGGAAGUUUGAAUGCUCUGACAGCAGGGGGCGCCGGUGGUGUGUACAACUCCUUCAACCAACCAUCAGGGCCGGGUCGAGGGUUGCCGGGUUAUCCCUCCUCCCCCGUGCCUGGGAACCCGACCCCUCCCAUCACCCCCAGCAGCUCCAUGGCCCCGCCCUACAUGUCGCCCGGCAACAGUGACGUCAAGCCAAACCCAGCUUCCUUCCUGCCCGACAUCAAACCCAACAUGGCCGGGCUGCCGCCACCUCCUCCUACAGGUAACCCUAGUGACGACCUACGGCUGACCUUCCCGGUGCGAGAUGGUGUGGUUUUAGAGCCGUUCAGAUUAGAGCACAACUUGGCUGUCAGCAACCACGUCUUCCAGCUGAGAGACUCCGUCUACAAAACACUCAUCAUGAGACCGGACCUGGAGCUCCAGUUUAAGUGUUACCACCAUGAGGACCGACAGAUGAACACCAACUGGCCUGCCUCUGUCCAGGUGAGUGUCAAUGCCACUCCUCUCACCAUCGAGCGCGGCGACAACAAAACCUCCCAUAAGCCUUUGUACCUGAAGCAAGUCUGCCAGCCUGGCAGGAACACGAUCCAGAUCACUGUCACUGCCUGCUGCUGUUCUCACCUGUUUGUGCUCCAGCUGGUUCACCGUCCGUCGGUCCGCUCAGUGCUGCAGGGUCUGAUGAAGAAGAGGCUGCUGCCUGCAGAGCACUGUGUCACUAAGAUUAAGAGGAACUUCAGCAGCGGCUCCAUCCCAGGGACUCCAGGGUUAAACGGAGAAGACGGUGUGGAGCAGACCGCCAUUAGAGUCUCGUUAAAAUGUCCAAUCACGUUCAGACGCAUCCAGCUGCCCGCCAGAGGCCACGACUGCAGACACAUACAGUGUUUUGAUCUGGAGUCGUACCUUCAGCUGAACUGUGAGAGAGGAACGUGGAGAUGUCCUGUGUGCAAUAAAACAGCUCUGUUAGAGGGUCUGGAGGUGGAUCAGUACAUGCUGGGGAUCCUCAUCUACGUUCAAAACUCAGAGUACGAGGAGAUCACCAUCGACCCGGUCUGCAGCUGGAAGCCGGUCCCUGUGAAGCCCGACAUCCACGUGAAGGAGGAGUCAGACGGUCCCGUGCUGAAGCGCUGCCGGACGCUCAGCCCGAGUCACAUGGUGCUGCCCAGUGUCAUGGAGAUGAUCGCAUCACUCGGCCCCUCCUCCUCUAACCCCACUCCUGCUGCCUCAGCCUCCUCACCAAUGCCCUACCCCUCCCUGCCUACAGGGGGCAGCAAUAACAGCAACAACACACCAGACUACCCUGGACCAGCUCCGUCCUAUCCUGGUCAGCCUGCUAGUUUCUCAGAUUUCAGCGGUCCUGGGACUCCAGGUGUUGGAGGGGAUUUCUCCUCCCCUGGUCCUCCCCCUCUCUCUUACCAGUCUGAGCUCUCCAGUGCCCUCCUCACCCCCGACAAACCUCCUCCUCACCCGCUGGCUGGACAGAUGUCAGUCCCAGGCCGUCUGGACUCCACUUCCCAUGGUGCUCCUCUCUCACAACAGCAGUCGCAGGGUCUCCACGGCAACUCUCAGCUGGGGGCCAACAACCAGAUGAUGCAGCGUAGCAACCAGAAUCCCCGUCUCCAAGGCGACAGCUCGUUUGGUCUGGGAGGGUCUUCAGAGGUUCCAGAACCUUCUCUGGAUUUGCUCCCAGAGUUGACCAACCCUGACGAGUUGCUGUCGUACCUCGGACCUCCAGACCUCCCGAACAACAACAAUGACGACCUGCUGUCGCUGUUUGAGAACAACUGAACACACACUCUCUCUUGAGAGACUUACCUGUAAAAUAUGAACUCUUUCUCUCCUCGCCCGCCAAAACGACGAGUGGUCCAACAUGGCCGCCGUCUGCACAGGAUGGAGCGGACGAUCAGAAGGAAACAAAACUGUUUCAAACUCGUUAAUGUGUGACUAUGAACUUGAUGGUAACUUUAUUUUAUUGUUUUUUAUCUUCUGAAACUGUAUUUUGAUGCAUCAUCCUUCAUUCCCUGUCAACAGAAUAUUUAAAGUGAUGACCAUGCUGCUGCUUUAACUACACAUACAAAAACACACGCUUUCGCUGCUGAAACUCCUCAAAGCAACCGUUUUGUAGAUCUUAUUCCAGGUUCAGUUCGUUUCUAUACAAGAUGCAGAGAGAUUAACCGAUCAAUCAUGUUAAGAUGUUCAGCAGUGAUGAGCAGCGACUGUGUGUGUGUAAUUAAAGAGCGGUAUGGUCCUUUAAAAGCAGAACAUUUCUGCUCCAUGUGAGUUUUAAAUGUGUUGGUUUGAAAAGUAGAAGAUGAGCUUUAAAGGAGCGAACGUGAGACACUGAAGAGGAAGAUAUGUUGAGUCCAUAAAAGUUGAAAAACUCAAUUUACACUCAGCCACAGAGAGAAGCUUAAGCUGGAAACAUUCUUAAAUAUUAAAAUCAACAAGUUUGUAUUUUAUCGAACUGCAACUGAACUGUAGAUGAGUAUCAGGAAUCUUCUUGUCUUGUAAAAGAAGUUUCUUAAAAGGUGUUUUUGGGUUUCUCUUAAAAGACGGUGUAAAAAAAAAAAAAAAGAAGCACAUUUCCAAGAAAGAGCUUUUGAGAUUAUGAAGUUUUAAAUUUACAAGAAACAAAAAUUAGAAUUUGUUUUUUUAUCUUGGAGAUUUACAGCUUUAUAAUGUCUUUAUUACCCUUACAUUUACAGCUUAACAUCCUUGCAUAGUGUCUUUUUUUGGAUGUGUUUUUCAGAUCAAUAAUGCCAUAAAAACAGCUGCACAGAAACAUGCACAAUGAAACCCAUGCAUCCCCUUAAAGUGCGUCUCUUCUUAUGGGAAGCUGCUGGCUCUGCUGAUCCCAUUUUUCCUCUCUUCUGAUUCUACCUCCCAGGACAGCACAGGAGGGCUCACCUCAUCCCCUGUUUAAGCCUCUGCCAGGGUUGUAGUGACACCAUACCUCCCAGGCUUAAAUAUUACAGCUAUGAAUAGCACUAUGACCCGGCUACUGAGUCCAUCUACCCUUACAGAGCCCUUUAUAUGUUUUGGUUAUUUGCCCAAGCUUAUGCAUCAUGGUGCUGUGCCAAGUACUAAAAAGCCUACUGGAGAGGUAUUUGGUCAUAAGUACAAUUUUUUGCCUUUUUAAAAUUGUAUUUCAUGGUUGAAAUCCACAGAAUGGGUACAGCACGGUGUUUAAAGUGAUGUAGAGAGAGAGAAAGGGAGCAACAGCUGCUGCUCUGAAUAGUCAAACAACGAUCUGAAUAAUAAAAAGAGCCCUGACAGCCUAGGUAGUCAGGUGUCGGUCGGUUACAGUAAAUAUAGAAGAGAACCAAUCCACUUCACACUGAAAAUUACUUUACUUUGGCGUUUUAAGAGAGAACAGCGUGCUUCGCCUGCAGCCUCUUCAGGCCCAGCAUCUCAAGAAGCACUCUGAAUACCUUGGGGAUGCACAAUAUUGAAUUUUUGCUAAUAUUCAAUAUGCUGAUAAUUACUAUUUAAUUCUAGUCGAUACUGAUAUUUAAAUGUAGUCCUGCCCUAAAACUUCAGACCUUAAAACACACAAUUUGAAGUUUGAGGGUGAACAAAUUAGGUCCAAAUUAGGUCCUUAAAACAGAAUUUUAAGUGUAAGAAAUGAUGAAGAAUAAAGCAAGACUUAAACUGACGUAGGUCUGUUGGUCCAGCCUAAAACUCCACUAAAUUAUUUGUUAAUGUGGCCAUAUCAGUAGAUGUUUAUAGCGAAAAUAUCGGUUGUAAAUAUCUGCAAAAAAUGUCAGAUGUUUCAACUUUUAAAGGGAUAUUUCAGUGUUUUUGAAGUUGAGUCGUAUGAGGUACUUAGCAGUAGAAGUGGCCUUAGCCUUCAGGGAUUUUGGUGAGUAUUGCUCCUUAAUAAAGACUCACUGGUUGUACCAGUGAGAAUUUAGUGAGUUUUUGGUAAAAAAUGGGCCACAAAAUAAAGUUGGCUCAAACAUGUGCCCUAUCAAAAAAGUUUGAGAUAUUUUAUUUAUACCCAGAAAGCCUCUGUGUUUUGUCUCUGUUUUUGUAACAAGAAGUCAAAACCUGCAAAACAGCGAAAAAACAGAGGCUUUUUGGGUACAAAUAUAAAAGGCUUCAAAAGUUUUCAAUAGUGCGUGCGUUAGAGCCAACAUCAUUUUGUAGCCCAUUUUUACCAAAAACUCACUAAAUUCUGUAGAGAAACUUUACCCAUCUGUUACACUAUAGCCUAGCUUCCUGGCUGGUACAACAAAUGAGUCCUUAUUAAAGGAGCAAUGCUCACUAAAACCACUGGAGGCCACUACUACUGCUACGUACCUCAUACAACUUGAUUUCAGAAAUUCUGAAAUAUCCCUUUAAGUCAUUAUCUGCCUAUAUCGAUAUCAUGCCAGUGUUAUCAUGCAUUCCUAGGAAAAAAGCAUAAAAUUGAACCUACUCUGAAAAAGUCAUGACUGGUGAUAGUUUCAGAGUCGAUGUGCAAACAUACUCUACACAACAUCACCGCCUGUUUCUGUUUAGGUAGUAUUUAUAACUCUUUUUUAUGUUUGAGAUUACGUGGCUAUAUAUUUAGAACAUUUGAAAGAUCAUUUGAAAGAGCCUGAAAUCUAUGAUAGAGUAUUAUUGCUGCAUUAAAGGAGUAAAAAAUCAGAUUUUAAAGUCAUGAUUUUACAAAAUUAAAAACAUGAGAAAAAAAGCUGUAAUAUUUAAAGCCUUGAGUAGUGUAGGCGUCUGGCUGCUCUUCUGAUAUUACCCUUGUAAUGUCUAAUAAAUAAGCUCCCCUUCCCUUUGAAAUAACUUUAAGCUCGUUUUCUUUUUUUACUCAGAAUUAUGAUUUAAUCAUGAUUAUAUUACGGCUUUAUUCUCUUACAACCCGUCAUCAUAUUUAGACUUCACUUUCCAUUGAUGAUUUUGAAAAUUUUAGGGUUUUUUCCUCUAGUGUGGCCCUGAUAUUUUGUCCUACAAAAUCACUGGAAUAGAUGCGCUAAACUUAUUUUAUUAUCAUUGCCUUAAUGCUGGGAAAUCCAUCACAUUCUGUAUCUGUAGGCUUUGAGAGAAAGUGUAGAAAUAAGGAUGAAAUUAACACAGAAAGCUACAUCUGUAUACAUUUCAUGGAGCUUAAAGAGGACAUAUUCUACCCUUUUAAGACAAGUUUAUAUUGGUCUCAGAGGUCCCCAAAACAUGCCUGUGAAGUUUGUUGCUGAAUCAAAAACUCUAGAAUUGGAUUUAUGCAUGUCUAAAAACCCCUCUGUUUCAGCCCUUUUCAGAACAAGCUGUUUCUGUGUCUGUGGCUUUAAAUAUUAAUGAGCUGUCUGACUUUGCCCAUGACCACACCCUCUCAGGAAAUGUGGCAUGUGGCACUCCUGAUGUUACAGAUACUUCUAUCCAAAGUUUAGGACCUGACUGGGAUUUGAACCAUCAAUCUUCCAGACCAAAGUCAGCAGGGUAACCCACUGAGCUAUCCCGCAUCUCA